AUGCUAGACGGUGACGGUGAUUUAAUCGGCUUGGAUCCAUUAUGUGUCGCCCAAGUCAGCUUGAAAGAGACUAACCGGCUCAAUGAGCUCGUUCUCGAUAUCUAUGACAUCAGCACAAUCAGCCAAACACUUCCGAAGUUCCCUCACUCCAGAACUACGUCCUGGACCUGUUCUCCGCUUGGUCCAUCAGCCGUUUCUCACUGGGUUCCUCUUAUUCAAGAUAUUCAAGCACUGGCAAAAUGCUGCCGUUCUACUCUGAAUUGGACCGACAAUGAGAUACUAAAGAACUUCGACGAACAGAAAGUCUAUCCUGGUACCGUGAUUCAGAUACUCUGUUCAAAGGAGGUAUACUAUGACUAUCGGGAUGGUAGCCUUUUGGCCGCCAGACCCACUCAGAAAAUUGCCAACCAAACAACACUCCUAAAUCCUAAGCCAGUGCUACCAAUCCGUGUACUUGAUCCACGAAAUUUCGACCCCCGAGAAACAGUGCCCACCACCUUUUCCACAUCGUACUUCAUUCAGGAUGUCCUUCUUGCACUCGGACGGCCCAGCAGCAAAACAGUAAACGGCAGCGACAACGCCAUUCAUCUCCAUAUUCCAGUGGUCCUCCUCCUUGCAGCAACAAAUCCCAGUCGAUACGGGCGUCUUAUUGACCAACCGUCGCCUCCAAUUUCCCGAAAAUUUUACCUUAUUGGAGGUGCACCAAGCAUCAUCGACAUCAAUCGUGAGGAUUAA